AAUGAGGGGUCCCCAGUGACGCCACAUUCAGAGGGCACUGGGCUCCCAGUUGUCCUAGGGGCUGAUGAAACAUAGAAGAAGCAGGAAGUGGCUGGGAGCAGCCAGGGACAGGGUUCCCAUGGGAAUGAGAAGGGCACCUCCAGGAGGAUGCCCACAGGGGCACAGGUGGUGGGGGCUUGGCCUAAGGACCAGGUUGCCAAGUGGAGCACAUCCCCACAGUCCGCACCGGAGAACGGGAGCCCGACCUGGGGUACGGGUUGCUUCACCCCCGCGUGGACCUCCCCCUCAGCUGGGGUGCGGAGGCUCAGCAUGGGGGCCCAGUUGCCCCUAGUCCCCAAGCAGUAGCCCCCUCUGCCUCCAGGGUGGGCCUGGAGCAGGAGGGGGGCCUCUGCCCGGGGACCGGGCUCUCUGGGGCCGCCGUCGCGCCGCCCCCUCCCCGCACCGCAUACCUUGCCCACAGCCGAGCAGCUGGGAGGCUAUUUAUAAAGGCGGGUGAGAUCAGCGGCCGGCCGAGGCUAUAAAUUCGCAGGCCGCGGCCGGGCCCCACAGGAGCAGCCGCCCGGGGCACCGGAGCUGCGGGCUGCGUGGCCGGGAUGAGCGCCAGCACGGGCGGUGGUGGCGACAGCGGCGGCAGCGGCGGCAGUAGCAGCAGCUCACAGGCAUCCUGCGGGCCCGAGUCCUCGGGCUCCGAACUAGCCCUGGCCACACCGGUGCCUCAGAUGCUGCAGGGCCUUCUGGGCUCCGACGACGAGGAACAGGAAGACCCCAAGGACUACUGCAAGGGCGGCUACUACCCUGUGAAGAUCGGCGACCUGUUCAAUGGGCGGUACCACGUGGUGCGUAAACUGGGCUGGGGCCACUUCUCCACCGUCUGGCUCUGCUGGGACAUCCAGCGCAAGCGCUUUGUAGCCCUCAAAGUGGUGAAGAGUGCAGGGCAUUACACGGAGACAGCUGUGGAUGAGAUCAAGCUCCUGAAAUGUGUCCGGGACAGCGACCCCAGUGACCCCAAAAGAGAGACCAUUGUCCAACUCAUUGAUGACUUCAGGAUCUCAGGAGUCAAUGGAGUCCAUGUGUGCAUGGUGCUGGAGGUGCUGGGCCACCAGCUCCUCAAAUGGAUCAUCAAGUCCAACUACCAGGGCCUGCCCGUGCCCUGCGUGAAGAGCAUCGUGAGGCAGGUGCUGCACGGCCUGGACUACCUCCACACCAAGUGCAAGAUCAUCCACACGGACAUCAAGCCCGAGAACAUCUUGCUGUGUGUGGGGGACGCUUACAUCAGGCGCCUGGCUGCCGAGGCCACGGAGUGGCAACAGGCAGGGGCGCCGCCCCCCUCCCGCUCCAUAGUCAGCACUGCCCCCCAGGAGGUCUUGCAGACCGGUAAGCUGUCCAAAAACAAGAGGAAGAAGAUGAGGCGCAAACGGAAACAGCAGAAGCGGCUGCUGGAGGAGCGGCUGCGGGACCUGCAGAGGCUGGAGGCCAUGGAGGCUGCCACCCAGGCUGAGGACUCUGGCUUGAGACUAGACGGGGGCAGCGGCUCCACAUCCUCUUCAGGCUGCCACCCCGGGGGCGCCAGAGCAGGUCCCUCCCCAGCCUCUUCCUCCCCCGCCCCGGGGGGCGGCCGUAGCCUCAGCCCCGGCUCACAGACCUCAGGCUUCUCUGGCUCCCUCUUCUCUCCUGCCUCCUGCUCCAUCCUCUCCGGCUCGUCCAAUCAGCGAGAGACCGGGGGCCUCCUGUCGCCUAGCACACCAUUCGGUGCCUCGAACCUCCUGGUGAACCCCCUGGAGCCCCAAAAUGCAGAUAAGAUCAAGAUCAAGAUCGCAGACCUGGGCAACGCCUGCUGGGUGCACAAGCACUUCACGGAAGACAUCCAGACUCGGCAGUACCGGGCCGUCGAGGUGCUGAUCGGCGCCGAAUACGGCCCCCCGGCAGACAUCUGGAGCACAGCCUGCAUGGCCUUCGAGCUGGCCACUGGUGACUACCUGUUCGAGCCGCAUUCUGGAGAAGACUACAGUCGUGAUGAGGACCACAUCGCUCACAUAGUGGAGCUUCUGGGGGACAUCCCCCCAGCCUUCGCCCUCUCAGGCCGCUAUUCCCGGGAGUUCUUCAACCGGAGAGGAGAGCUGCGGCACAUCCACAAUCUCAAGCACUGGGGCCUGUACGAGGUACUCAUGGAAAAGUACGAGUGGCCCCUAGAACAGGCCACACAGUUCAGCGCCUUUCUGCUGCCCAUGAUGGAGUACAUCCCCGAAAAACGGGCCAGUGCCGCUGACUGCCUCCAGCACCCCUGGCUCAACCCCUAGGCCCGGCUAUGGCUCCACCUCCAGCUCUCUGUGCCUUAAGGGAAAAGCGGGACAGCUCCCACCACCCUGCUGGGCGCCAGUUCUCCACAACCACAGGGCAGAGAGACGCUGGAGCCAGGCCCGGCUCUCAGAGCGUGUUCUGCCUGAGACCCCCGUGAGGGCUCUCGGAGAAAGUGUGUGUAUUCCUUUCUUAAUAAAGUGUGGACUGAACAUCGGU